AAGGAAAGAAACGGAUAUAUUUUGCGAGUAUAUCUGGGUUCCUUCGUUUCGGAGCUUUCAUCGAACCUUUUCAACAGCUCGAGCAAGAGAGAGAGUAUAAAAUCAAGGGGAAAUGUUGGGGAUUACGCGGCAAAAGAUUUUGGGGCGAUCCUUGUGGAAGUUUCUUCCUUCGGUGUCAUCAGCAAGAUGCUACUCCUCUGCAACAAAACAGAUGACAGUGAGAGAUGCAUUGAACUCUGCACUCGACGAGGAAAUGUCGGCUGAUCCCAAAGUGUUUCUGAUGGGAGAAGAGGUUGGGGAAUAUCAAGGUGCCUAUAAGAUAACUAGAGGGCUUUUGGACAAGUAUGGACCCGAAAGGGUUCUUGACACUCCAAUCACUGAGGCUGGUUUUACGGGUAUCGGAGUUGGAGCUGCUUACUACGGCCUGAAGCCAAUCAUCGAGUUUAUGACAUUUAACUUUGCUAUGCAGGCAAUUGAUCACAUUAUCAAUUCUGCUGCAAAGACAAAUUACAUGUCAGCUGGUCAGAUACCUGUUCCUAUCGUGUUUAGAGGACCUAACGGUGCUGCUGCUGGGGUCGGAGCUCAGCAUUCUCAGUGUUAUGCCCCAUGGUAUGGUGCUUGCCCCGGGUUGAAAGUGUUGGCUCCGUACUCAUCCGAAGAUGCCCGUGGUCUGCUAAAAGCGGCUAUAAGGGACCCCGAUCCCGUUGUUUUCCUUGAAAACGAGCUGUUGUAUGGCGAGUCAUUCCCUGUAUCUGACGAGGUUCUUGAUUCGAGCUUUUCCGUUCCAAUUGGGAAAGCAAAGAUAGAGAAAGAAGGGAAGGAUGUGACCAUAACUGCAUUCUCGAAGAUGGUCGGUCUUUCUUUGAAGGCUGCAGAGCUACUCGCAAAGGAAGGAAUCAACGCAGAGGUUAUCAAUCUCCGGUCAAUCCGUCCGCUGGACCGAGCCACGAUAUGUGAUUCAGUCAAGAAAACCAACAGGCUAGUGACUGUCGAAGAGGGUUUCCCUCAGCAUGGUGUCGGGGCCGAGAUUUGUGCUUCGGUCGUAGAGGAGGUCUUUGAAUACCUCGACGCACCUGUCGAGAGAAUUACCGGUGCGGAUACUCCGAUGCCUUACGCCGCCAAUCUUGAGAGGUUGGCCGUUCCACAGGUCGAUGACAUUGUUCGGGCAGCGAAGAGAGCUUGCUUCAGAUCCGUGCCAAUGGCAGCAGCUGCGUAAUCUAAUCAGCGAUAAUAUCCGUCGGUUAGUUCCCGCCCGGUUCGAAACCUUUGCCCAUCUGUUUAGGUUCCAAGUUUUUUGGUCCCAGUCUCAGCUUUGUUUCGGAAGAAACUAACUUUUACGGAAUAAUUCGAGCGACAUGGAUCGUUUGUACGCCAGCUGACUCUUUUGAGGAUCGAUAUUUUGUGAUCAAAGUUUCGGUUUUUACACAGUUUA